AUGAACCGAAUGCUGACCCUCUAUUAUCCUUUGCUUGAAUUUGCCUUUAGUGAGCUCCAAAUUGAAUCUUCAUUCAUUAUAAAAGCAUGUGGUAUGAUGGGUCUGUCAUGGAUAUUUGCUGAUCACUUACUUUUACGUUUUGGAGUCAAUCAAGUCAUUCUACUCCGAUAUCAUCCAACCGUACUCAAACACUCCAAAGUAUUACAACAUUUCGAUCAACAAUGUACACAACACUAUGAGAGAUCAUUUCUAGAGUUUGGAAACGUACGAGUUUAUAGAAAGAGCACAAAAAUAGGUCAUCACGAUGAUGGUGAAUGUUCCAUCAUGACUAGUAGUAGUACGAGUGGCUCAAACAUUGAGAAUCGUGGUGAUGAUGGAGCAAAUCCAAUGGAAUACAAGUAUGGUCAACACAUAUACAGAGAACAUGCAUAUUCUAUUUUGUAUCAUCAUGUUUUUACACGUCGAGGCUUAAAAGCAAUUUUUAAUUCUUCCUUUUUGGGACUAAAAGUGGUGAUGUAUUUGGCAAAACAAGGCAUGCAAGCAGUGAAUGAGCUUUAUUUCGAAGAUGAUGAAAUUGAACUCAAAAUAUCUAAUGAAGAGAGAAUUCAACAAGUGAGACAAGCUCUGGAACAAAUUGAAACACAAAUUUCAAACAUUCAGAAUGAAGCACCAAUCAAAAAUCCUGAUUGGAUUAUUUCUGUAAUGUCUCUAUUUCGAGUGAAUGGCAAUGAAGAAGAUGAAACAAACGCAAAUCAACAACAUGUUGAUGCAUUGGAAGAGAUGAAAUCAGUGUUGAUCAAUGAAUUGGAAAGCCUACAAUUGGUGGAGGAGUAUUUUCCAAUGCAUUCUACACAUUAUCGUCAUGAAAAAUCACCGUCCCACUAUAUGGUGCCCAAUUUAAAUUGGCUGCUUUCUAAAUUUCUUUUUUCUCCCAUCAAAACAAGGAGAAUGUUUUCAUUAGUGGAUGAAAUUUAUGGUAUUUCUGAAGAGAAAAGAAGAAGCAACAUUUUCAAACAUGGUUUUACAUAUCGCAUGCUUUCUGUGGCUCUCUUUGCAUUGUGCAGUUAUUUAACAGAGUCAAUCGCUAAUUUGGAGAUUUUUAGUUUUAAACAAAAGAUCAUGAUGUAUGGUAUUAGUAUGAUUUUACAAUGGAGUCUCAUCUAUCAUCCUCUUAAAACAAUUGCAACCAACGUCAUGUACGAUGAAAGCCCAUUUCUUGACGCGGAAAAAAAGAGACAAUCAAACAAAAAUGCUAAGGAUGGAUGGUGGGAAGAAAACAUAUCUCGAACAUUUUCCACGUGGUACCAAUGUGCUAAUGAUAUAUACAAAGAUCAAGGAAUCAUUGGAUUUUUCAGAGCUUCACAUGUCGGUGUUGUGUUACAGAUGAUUUCCAAUUGGAGAAAUAGUAAGUGA